ACGGAAAUAGUAGGAAAUGGAGGGAAGAACUAAGAAUAUGUCAAAAGAAAGGAUUGGUUAAUACAACCGUCGUGUUGUUCGAAUCCUGGCCAGAAGCUCUUUUGACUUCUCCCAUUGCUAAUUUCUUAUUAAAGAUUCUUACUUCACCGCAAAAACUGAAAUCCACACUGUUUCCUCGUCGGCGGCGUCAUGGGUACUGUCAUCGACUCCCAUUUCUUGGCCCUCACUGCCAUUGUCACUAUUGGGUAUCAACUGGCUUUCUUUAUAAUCACAGCUCUUCUCAAGUUUGACAAAGUCACUGAUUUCGCUGGUAGCACAAAUUUUGUGAUACUUGCUGUUUUGACUCUAGUUCUUAAAGGAAGUUGGCAUUUUAGACAGGUAAUUCUGUCUGUGCUUGUAGUGGCAUGGGGUCUUCGCCUUGGUUUUUUCUUGUUAAUGAGGAUUUUGCAAUGGGGAGAGGACCGGCGUUUUGAUGAAAUGCGUAGUAAUUUGGGAAAAUUGGCAGUUUUCUGGAUAUUUCAGGCUGUCUGGGUCUGGACCGUAAGCUUACCUGUCACAGUGGUCAAUGCAAGCAAUCACAACCCAUCUCUCCGAGCUGCAGAUGUAAUUGGGUGGAUUAUUUGGUUAGUGGGUUUUCUAAUCGAAGCUACAGCUGAUCAACAAAAAUUGACAUUUAAAAACUCUCCAGAAAAUAGGGGGAAGUGGUGCAAUGUUGGACUUUGGAAGGUCUCACGUCAUCCUAAUUACUUUGGUGAGGUCUUUCUUUGGUGGGGAAUCUUCGUUGCUUCCACACCCGUUCUGGAUGGUGCUGAGUGGCUUGUGAUACUUGGUCCAAUAUUCCUCACAUUACUGCUUCUUUUUGUCAGUGGGAUCCCACUACUUGAGGAAUCAGCUGAUAAGAAAUUUGGGAAUGUGACUGAAUACGUACAUUAUAAAAGAAAGACUAGCCCCCUAAUCCCACUGCCUACCGCAAUAUAUGGAAACCUGCCCUCCUGGUUCAAGAAAUUUUUUCUAUUUGAAUUACCUCUUUACAGCCGGAAUCUUCCUGGGGGAGACCUAAACUGCUCUGCUAUAUAUCUGAAAGAAAGCCAACAUCUGUACGCUUCAUUUAUGACUGGUAGUUACUUAAAGCAUGUAAAAAAAAUUAAUAAUCUUUGACCAAUGCUAGUCUGAUACCUUACUCGAUAAUACUGAGCCAUCAUUUGAAAUUAUGUAGAAUCUAUAAAUGAAUAGCAGUGCACAAUUAUUCUUCUUUGUUUUCCUUUUCUUCAAGUCAUAUUUUCAGUUCAGGGAUUUUCAUCAAGUAUGACAAAAUCAUCAAGAUGAUCUCUGUUGAAAUGGCAUAAGUUAAUUCUAUCUAUUGCCUGAAGUUUCUUACAAUUUGUGCAAGGUGUAGAACAAGCAAGGGAGAAAGCAGUGAUAGAUUGAAGAUGGGUUAGGAUUUGGACUUGUUAGAAUUCUUGUUCAUUAGUUUGAAAUUUGAAUAGAGCUUUACGGCACUGCUAGAAGCAUUCAUCACCAUUCUUGCCACUCUUCCUCUUAUGAUGUAUCCCAUUGAUUACAAAACCGACAUUAAUACUUGUUUUGAUUUACUGUAGUAUUUUUAAGUUUUGAUUAUUGAUAUAAAUUUUAGUUCAA